AUGAAGCGAAAGAUCGGAGCGUUGGAGAAGGUGGAUGCCGAUCUGCCCAAUCUUCAACACAAGAUCAAGAAUGAUCCAUCCUCCUACCGCGACGACUUCAUCAGCCAAUUUUCGCAAUAUGCCUCGAUGCUCGAGCUCUUCCUCCAGUCGCCCACCACUACCGACGAUACCGGUGUAGUCCGUCUACGCGACCUCAUCGACUUCAUCGCUCAUGUAUCCGACUGCUAUCCAAAGCUCACGGCCGACUUCCCGCAAGACUUGAUCAAGCUGAUCGAGCAACAUCAUGCCUCGUUGAACGUUGAGCUACGGGACAAAAUCGUGGGCAGUCUAGUCUUGUUGAAGAAGAAGGAUGUCAUCGACUCGAACACAUUGCUCAACACACUCUGGCCGCUUCUCAUAUCAACACCGUCGAAAGCGCUUCGCCAACUGCUUUUCCAAAAGAUUGUGUCUGAGCUGCGGGCAUCCAACAGCAAGACGAAGAACCACAAGCUGAACCGCAAUAUUCAGACGAUAUGUUACAAUCUCAUCGCGACGGAUCCGGCGUCACCGAAAGGGUUGUGGGCAGUGAAAUUGACAAGAGAGCUUUGGAAGAGGCAGGUUUGGACAGACGCGAAAGCAGUGAGCGUCAUGGAGAUUGCUGCACUCAGCCAGGAUGCCAAGGUCGUGACGGCUGGUGUGCGAUUUUUCCUAGGAGCCGAUCAGGAACGUGAAGAUGCGGCGGACGAGGACAGUGACGAAGAGAAGAUCGAUAUGGGCAAGCUGAAGCAUCAAGCUGGAAUCAACAAAAAGACGGCGAAGCGUGACAACGAAGUGCGAGCGGCUGCCGCAAAGCUCAAGCGCAGAGAACGCAAAAAGGGUUCUCAGACAUCGUUGAACUUCAGUGCGCUGCAUCUGCUCAAUGAUCCCCAAGGGUUCGCAGAGAAGAUGUUCCAGCAGCAUUUACAGCCUUCACAACCGAAGGUGCGACUGGUGCUGGAGCAGAAGCUCUACGUGUUGCAGCUCGUCAGCCGACUUGUUGGUUUGCACAAGCUGACUCUCAUCCCGCUAUACUCCUACUUCAUCAAAUUCCUCACACCGAAGCAGCCGUCAGUCACGAGCUUUCUGGCAUCAUUAGCUCAGGCGACGCACAAUCUUGUGCCUCCGGAUGUCCUGGAGCCGCUGGUGCAGAAGAUUGCGAAUGAGUUUGUGUCGGAAGCUGCGGCCGCUGAAGUGGCGUCCGCUGGAUUGAAUGGUAUUCGCGAAGUUUGCGUGCGUCAGCCGCUGGCCAUGUCGGAAACACUGCUGCAAGAUUUGGUGCAAUAUCGAAAGAGCAAGGACAAGGGCGUACAAAUGGCUGCACGAGGACUGCUAUCGCUCUAUCGUGAGGUUGGCGCACAAAUGUUGAGGAAGCGGGAUCGAGGUCGCGAUGCAGCGAUGGGACUACGAAUCGGCGAGAGGCAGGGUGCAAAGUUCGGAGAGGUAGUCGGCGAUGGUGGCAUCGAGGGUAUCGAGCUGUUGGAGAAGUGGAGAGAGGAGCAGGGCAUCGGAAGUGAUGAUGAUGAAGAGGCCUGGAGGAAGUGGGAGGCCGAGAGUGACGACAGUGAAAGCAGUGGAGGGUGGGUCGCUGUAGAGAGUGAUGGUGAGGAGAUUGAGAUUUCAGACUCAGAGGAUGAAAAGCCCAAUGCGAAGAAGGCGAAAGCUGAAGCCGCGGCUCGUAAGGAAUCGGACAAGGAGAACAAGGAUGAGGAAGAUGCCGAAAUGGAUGAAUCCAAGUCCGACGGUCGCAACACGGCAUCACUGGAACCCGAAGCUGCCCUCAAACGCGAAGAAGCUCGUGUAUCGAAGCUGGCCACAACGCGCAUAUUGACGCCCGCCGAUCUGGCCAAGCUGAAUGAGCUGCGUGCGACGGCCGCCAUCACGAACAACAUGCCUUCAGCGAAACGUCGCAAGUUCGAACUGCAAAAGAUCGCCGCCGCGAAUGCUCGUCAUGCUGAGGAUGGAGUAACCAAGGAUCAAAUUGAAGGUCUCGCCAAGAUGAGCCACAAGAUGACCAAGGAGGAGAAGAUCCGCAAAGCCAAAGGCGACGAUGAGGAGAAGAACGAUCACAGAUCGUCGGCGGCCAGACGGCAGGAGAAGAAGGCGAGCGAAGGAAAGAGUACUACGAACAAGGAGAAGGCUCGGAAGAAGAACUUCCUCAUGACGCUGGGAAAGGCGAAGAGGAAGGGCAAGCGAAGUCUGGUGGAGCAUAAGAGGAUUCUGAAGGCACAUGUUGAUCGUUCGAAGAGGGGUGGUAAGAGAGGUAACGCGGGUAAUUGA